UAGGUGCGCAAUCCUGUGCUGGUUUAGAGAGCAAAGAGCAAGGUUCCACAACUCUCAGCAUUCUUCUUCUCUGGAAUGCUGGAAAUUGUAGGAUUUUUCCUCCUGUCUAAACCUGCAGGAUAGCGCCGUAAGAAAGUGGUUUAGAUUUUUUUGCACAGGCACAAACUUGAAACUGCCCUGAGAACUUUGGAAAGAAAAGUAAUCGUACCGAUUCGUGUGGCAUUCUAGUCUUGCUGUGCGCGAUGAAGACAGAAACUUCUUAGGAAGCAAGCCGGUAGCACGUGAAGGUUGACCAUGCUAGUUUCAAGUUAAGGACGGAAGAAGAUCCCCGGAGGACCAUACCAAAGGCCUGUAUGGUGUGGCGUUGUGUUUCGACACCAGAUGCCCGUGGGGAGCUCACAGGCAGGACUCGAGCCCUAUAGCAUCCUCCCGCUCAUUCCCUCCAGCAUUGUGAAGCAGAAGCAUCUUGCCUCUGAUGCUCGAGAUAAUGCGUAGCAGUUGUGAUAAGUAGUCAUCGAUACCUCACCCUUGGUGCCACCUUCCUUGAAGUAUUUUCGUGGUGAGUCGUGUCUGCAUGGAGAAAAAGAUGGGAGAAGCUGUAGCCAGGGUAGCCAGGAAAGUGAAUGAAACUGUGGAAAACAAAGCAGAUUCUCUUGAUCUGGCAGAUUGCAAACUGAUGAAUUUUCCUAUUGCCCUUUACAAAGUCUUGAGGCAUGUCACUGAAGGCAUUCAUCUCAUCACUCUGGCCAAUAAUGAGCUGAAGUCUGUGACGAGCAGAUUCAUCUCCACCUUUAGCCAGCUGAGAGAACUUAAUCUGGAAGGAAAUUAUAUUCACCGCCUGCCAGAAGAGAUCCAAACCCUUUUACAUUUGAGAGUCAUCAACCUUUCCAGGAACAAAUUUCGGCACUUUCCGGAGCAGCUGACCUCUUUGCAGGCUCUUGAAACAAUCAAUCUUGAAGAGAAUGAGAUUGUAGAUGUCCCUGUUGAGAAGCUUGCCUUGAUGGAGUCUCUCCAGAGUGUGAACCUCAUGUCAAACCCACUGAACGAGGAGGUCCGGGUGAUUGCCAGGCCUCUGAUCAAGUUCAACCUUCUCAUGUCUCCAGCCAUUCCCCAAGUCUGAAAGGUGCUUGACUUGGCCAUGCAGCUGCAGUUGGUCAUGGUUAAAGAGGACAAGAGAAUGAAGCAUCUGCUGGGCUAGAACACAUGUGUGGCUUUCCUAAGCUGCAGUGCUCCUGCAUGCGUUAGUUUUAAUGCUCAUGGGAAGCAGGACAGUUGUGCCAAACGACAGUAGCUCUUGCUGAUAGGAAUCUCUGCCAGCCUGUGGCAUUUUUGAAGGCAUAUAAUGCCUACAAAGAAAUCUGACUCCCUUUGAAUGGUUAAGAGAGAGCAGCUUUCCUAGGGAAAACAAUAGAUGAGCUAGUCCUGUGCCGCAGAUUUUCCCAUACCCACUAAUCUCUGAUUUAAGGCAGGUCUGACCAACUGUAUGCCUGAGGGAGGACUAAUCAAACAUUAGCAGUUUCUGUAGCCCACAAAUGACAUCUUGUACUGUUUGAAAUUGAAUUUGCAAGAACAAGAAAACCAGCUUCAAAAGGUGUGUGCAUGAGAGAGAGAAUUUUGGUCUUAGAUCUCUUUUGGACAUCAUGAUACAACCAACAGGUGCUCAUUGAUGCUAUUAUAGCACAUGGCAAAUGCCAAGAGGAUCCAGUUGUGCAACCAAUACACAAAGGUAAUAAAUCUAAGUCUACUGUCUAAAGAAUACUGUUGGCUUUAAGAGUACAAAAUAUGGCCCUCUUAGUUUAAAGAUUCCAUAAGCAUAUGAGUGUAAAUCCAGCUAUAAUGCCAGCUGUCAUAAUGUCAUUGCAAGUAAACUCCUCUCUAAAGUU